GAGUGCAGCUGGCACCAUGGGUGUGCUCCAGAGCAACUUCUGUUUGCUCUGAGCCCCCUGCCCUGCCUCCCCUUUCACCAUGUUUCCUCUGGCAAGAUUUUAAGUACAGCAACUCAAGAAGAUUUCUCCUCCUAAACUAUAUUAAUCUGAAGUGUAUUGCCUCUUGAUUGCUGGAAAAGAAUCUUAAAUUCAUUUCAAAAGAAACUUACAAACAAACUUAUUCAAAGUGAUGAAAGGAGCAUUGAGAUUGAUUAGCACUAAUUUUUCGCUGUGCCAUAGUGUACAGUGUCUUUCAGAGGAAACUAUAACAGACCUGGUGAGUGUGCCAUGCCAGUGGGGAGAAUUGAAUGUCCCUCAUCUCCCUCUUUUCCUAGGGACAGUAGUCAUGAGUGCCGAGUGUGCGGGGUCACAGAAGUGGGUCUUUCCGCAUAUGCAAAGCACAUUUCUGGCCAGUUGCACAAAGAUAACGUUGAUGCCCAGGAAAGAGAAGAUGAUGGAAAGGGAGAGGAAGAGGAAGAAGAUUAUUUUGACAAGGAACUCGUUCAGUUAAUAAAACAAAGGAAAGAACAAAGUCGGUAAACAAGAUGAACCUUCCAAUAGCAACCAAGAAACAAACUCUGAUGAGAGACGACCCCAGUGGAGACGAGAAGACAGAAUUCCUUACCAAGACAGAGAGAGUUACAGCCAGCCAACAUGGCAUCAUCGUGGACCUCCACAGCGGGAUUGGAAAUGGGAAAAAGAUGGCUUUAAUAAUACUAGAAAAAACAGCUUUCCACAUUCUUUGAGGAAAAGCGGUGGGCCAAGAGGAUGUUCUGGGUGGCAUAAGGGUGUUGCAGGAGGCUCCUCAACUUGGUUUCACAACCAUAGUAAUUCUGGAGGUGGUUGGCAUUCAAACAGUGGAACGGUAGAUUGGAAUCAUAAUGGUUCAGGAAGGAAUCCCAGUUGGCAUUCUGAAGGAACAGGUGGCUUUUCCAGUUGGCAUAUGAACAACAGUAACGGAAACUGGAAAUCCAGUGUACGUAGUACAAAUAGUUGGAAUUACAGUGGCCCCGGAGACAAGUUUCAACCAGGCAGAAACAGAAAUUCUAACUGUCAAAUGGAAGACAUGACUGUGCUAUGGAACAAGAAAUCUAAUAAGUCAAGCAAAUACAAUCAAGAGAGAUAUAAUUGGCAGAGGCAAGAAAAUGACAAAGUUGGUACAGUUGCCACAUAUAGAGGUCCUUCUGAAGGAUUUAUAAGUGAUACAUUUCCUUCAGAAGGCUUACUUGACUUCAAUUUUGAGCAGCCGGAAAGCCAAACCACUAAACCAACUGACACUGCAGCUUCCAAAAUUAAUGGAAAGAAUAGCAAUGUGACAAGGGAAAAGCCCCGUCGUUGGACUCCUUAUCCUUCCCAGAAGACUUUGGAUUUACAGUUAGGAUUGAAAGAAGUCACUGGUAACAAAUCAGAAAUGAUAGAUAAGCCUUUCUUUGAUUUUAGCUUGAUUACUCUGGGAACACAAGAACCCCAAACUAAUGAAACAAAUAAUUCUCCAACAUUGAAAACACAAAAAGAAAUACAUACUGGAUCUCUUCAUCACAAAGCCAUUUCUGACUGUGCUGCUCUCUAUGAGAGAGCGAGAAAUUGCCCCAGUACAGGAAAACCUGAACAAGACCAUAACUCAAAUAAAAUGCCGUCAUUGAAAUCCCCACUUCUUCCAAUUCCAGCCACAAAAUCAUUUCCGCAAAAGCAAGAUUCAAAGAAUUCCUCAAAAAACACAAAAAGCAAUUCUUUUUUCCCUGGUGAACACUCAGAUACCUUCAAAAAACUUACCAUGGAAGAUAACCAUAGUUCUUCUUACAGAUGCAAAUCGCGUAGUUCAUGUCCUCGUGUUUUAAAAGGGAGUAAAAGUUCUUUUGACACUCAAAAGGAAUCUGAUGAUCAUUUAAAUGACACGUUACAAAAAGCCAGAGAGGUGCUACAGUGUCAAGAGUCAUUGCAAAAUCCACUUCUUAGCACUUCUAAAAGGACCAGGAACCAUGCAAAAGCAAGUAGGAAUGUAGAAGAAUCUGAAAAAGGAUCUUUGAAAAUUGAGUUUCAAGUACACGCACUAGAAGAUGAAAGUGAUGGAGAGAUAUCUGACACAGAAAAGCAUGGAACAAAAAUGAGAACCCUAGAUUCUGCGACCACAGAAUUUUUAUCCUGCAGCACUCAUACUACUGAUGAGAAAGAAGGCGAUGAUCAAAUCCUGAAAACUACUAGAAAACUAUCCACUUCCCCAUGUAAUUCCACAGUUCACCAGAAGGAGUCUGAGUUACAAAUGACAUCUGUAGCCAGUCCAAACCCUGAGUUAUUGCUAGACUUAAAAACCUCUCUAGAAGGGGCACAGGUUGAUGACCCUGUUAAAUCUCAUGUAUCUUAUGAAGCAGAAGGCUUUGAGAGUACAAGCUUGGAUGCAGAACUUCAAAAAAGCGAUAUCAGUCAGCCCUCAGGCCCUCUCCUGCCUGAACUGAGUAAGCUUGGCUUUCCUGCCUCACUCCAGAGGGAUCUAACGCGACACAUUAGUUUGAAGAGCAAAACUGGAGCAAACCUUCCUGAGCCAAACCUCAAUAGUGCUCGUCGCAUUCGCAAUAUUAGUGGUCAUCGAAAGAGUGAGACAGAGAAGGAGUCUGGGCUUAAGCCAACCCUACGACAGAUUCUAAAUGCAUCCCGGAGAAAUGUCAACUGGGAACAGGUCAUUCAGCAAGUAACCAAGAAAAAGCAAGAGCUAGGCAAAGGCUUACCCAGGUUUGGCAUAGAAAUGGUGCCUCUGGUUCAAAAUGAACAAGAGGUCUUGGAUUUGGAAGGGGAACCUAAUCUGUCCAGUCUAGAAGGAUUCCAGUGGGAAAGUGUUCCCAUUUCUUCAUCCCCUGGGUUGGCAAGAAAGCGAAGCCUUUCUGAGAGCAGUGUGAUCAUGGACAGGGCUCCUUCUGUGUAUAGCUUCUUCAGUGAGGAAGGUACAGGCAAAGAAAAUGAGCCCCAGCAGAUGGUUUCACCUACUAACUCGUUGAGGGCUGCACAGAGUCAAAAAACAACCACGCAUCUUAAACAGGAAGUGACGCCGCUGGCGGCCUCCCUCAGAACAGGUGAAAGGGCUGAAAAUGUUGCUACUCAAAGGCGACAUAGUGCACAAUUACCCUCUGACCGCAUAAUACCUUUGGUGCAUUCUUCAAAAGAUCUGAACAACCAGGAGAGGUCUUCACCACCUUCAGAGAAUCAGAACACCCAGGAGAGUAAUGGAGAAGGAAACUCUUUGUCAUCAAAUGCAUCCUCAGCCCUUGCUAUCUCCAGUUUAGCUGAUGCAGCCACAGAUAGUAGCUGUACUUCUGGUGCUGAGCAAAAUGAUGGCCAGAGUAUUAGAAAGAAACGAAGAGCCACUGGAGAUGGAUCUUCUCCUGAACUCCCAAGUCUUGAGAGAAAAAAUAAAAGAAGGAAAAUUAAAGGAAAGAAAGAACGUUCUCAGGUUGACCAGCUGCUGAAUAUAUCUUUAAGGGAGGAAGAACUAAGUAAAUCACUGCAGUGCAUGGAUAACAAUCUUCUGCAAGCCCGUACAGCACUUCAGACAGCCUAUGUUGAAGUUCAGAGGCUACUCAUGCUCAAACAGCAGAUAACCAUGGAGAUGAGUGCACUGAGGACCCAUCGAAUACAGAUUCUACAGGGAUUACAAGAAACAUAUGAACCUUCUGAGCACCAAGACCAGGUUCCCUGUAGCCUCACACGAGAACGAAGGAACAGUAGAUCUCAAACAUCUGUUGAUGCCACACUGCUGCCUACUCCCUUUGUCCCAUUUUUUCUGGAGCCUCCAUCUUCUCAUAUGUCUCCAUCAUCUACUGGAGCCUCUCUCCAAGUAACUGCAUCUUCUGCUUUUCAAGCCCAUGGCAGUGUCCCUGCUCCAGACUCAUCGGUUCAGAUUAAACAAGAGCCCAUGUCUCCUGAACAAGAUGAGAAUGUGAAUGCUGUAUCACAAGGCUCUGCUUGCAGUGUGUCCAAGGAAUUGCUGCAAGCUAAUAGAGAGAUCAGUGAUAGUUGUCCAGUUUAUCCAGCCAUCACUGCUACAUUGUCCUUACCAGAGCUAACAGGAAGUUUCCAUGAGCCUAGCCAAGAACUGAAGUUUUCUGUGGAGCAAGGAAAUACCAGAAACAGAGAAAAUUCUCCCUCUUCCCAAACAACUGGCCUUCCUAGCAUAAGUAAAGAAGGUGAAGAGCCAACCAAAGGCAACAGUGGGUCUGAAGCCUGCACCAGUUCUUUUCUAAGAUUGUCUUUUGCUUCAGAAACCCCCUUGGAGAAGGAACCCCACUCUCCAGCUGACCAGCCUGAGCAACAGGCAGAAUCCACUCUGACAUCAGCUGAAACUAGGGGAAACAAGAAAAAGAAGAAACUUCGGAAGAAAAAAACUCUUCGGGCUGCCCAUGUCCCUGAGAAUAGUGACACUGAACAGGAUAUAUUUACUGCUAAACCUGUAAGGAAAGUAAAAACUGGAAAGUUAAUUAAAGGGGGGAAAGUAACAACCUCUACUUGGGAAGAUAGCAGAAUUGGUCGGGAGCAGGAGUGUGUCAGAGAUGAGCCAGAAAGUGACUCGUCUCUGGAAGUCCUAGAACUUCCUAAUCCUCAGUUAGAAGUAGUAGCCAUUGAGUCUUCAGAAUCUGGAGAAGAGAAACCAGACAGUCCAUCUAAAAAAGAUAUUUGGAACUGUACAGCACAAAGCCCAUUAGAAACUUCUCGUUCUGGUUGUGAUGAAGUUAGCUCUACCAGUGAGAUUGGUACUCGCUAUAAAGAUGGCAUCCCUGUAAGUGUAGCAGAAACUCAGACUGUGAUCUCUUCCAUAAAAGGGUCAAAGAUCUCUUCAGAAAUCUCUUCAGAGCCAGGGGAUGAUGAUGAGCCCACAGAAGGAAGCUUUGAGGGGCACCAAGCUGCAGUGAAUGCAAUUCAAAUAUUUGGGAACUUACUGUAUACUUGUUCAGCAGAUAAAACUGUCCGAGUUUAUAAUCUGGUGAGUCGAAAAUGUAUUGGUAUCUUUGAGGGCCAUACCUCUAAAGUGAAUUGCCUCCUAGUUACACAAACUUCUGGGAAGAAUGCUGCCCUUUAUACUGGUUCCAGUGAUCACACAAUUCGCUGCUAUAAUGUUAAGACCCGAGAGUGUGUGGAGCAGUUACAGUUGGAAGACCGGGUCCUCUGUCUCCAUAGUAGAUGGCGAAUCCUCUAUGCAGGACUGGCAAAUGGCACUGUGGUCACCUUCAACAUAAAGAACAAUAAACGACUCGAGAUCUUUGAAUGCCAUGGCCCUCGCGCAGUCAGCUGCCUUGCCACAGCUCAGGAAGGUGCCCGAAAGCUGUUGGUUGUGGGAUCUUAUGACUGCACCAUUAGUGUACGAGAUGCACGAAACGGACUGCUCCUCAGAACCCUGGAGGGCCAUAGCAAAACCAUUCUUUGCAUGAAGGUGGUGAAUGACCUUGUGUUCAGUGGUUCCAGUGAUCAAUCAGUCCAUGCCCACAACAUUCAUACUGGUGAGCUUGUGCGUAUCUAUAAAGGUCACAAUCAUGCAGUGACUGUGGUGAAUAUCCUAGGAAAAGUGAUGGUGACUGCUUGCCUGGAUAAAUUUGUUCGUGUCUAUGAAUUACAGUCCCAUGAUCGAUUGCAAGUUUAUGGAGGACACAAAGACAUGAUUAUGUGUAUGACCAUCCAUAAAAGUAUGAUUUAUACUGGCUGUUAUGAUGGCAGUAUUCAGGCUGUGAGGCUAAAUCUGAUGCAGAAUUACCGCUGUUGGUGGCAUGGUUGCUCUCUGAUAUUUGGUGUCGUAGAUCAUUUAAAACAACAUUUGCUGACUGACCACACUAAUCCAAACUUUCAAACUCUGAAAUGUCGCUGGAAGAACUGUGAUGCUUUUUUCACUGCUAGGAAAGGAUCCAAGCAGGAUGCUGCAGGACACAUUGAACGACAUGCUGAAGAUGACAGCAAAAUUGAUUCAUGAAGUUUUUUGCCUCCCAUGUUGGGAAGUCAUUAGUUAAACUAUUUUCACAUUGGCCCCUCAUACAGGCCACUCUCCUCCCUUCCCCAGUGAAGCAGGGAAGGAGAAAGUGUGACUAGCCAGGCUUACCACUAGCAUAAGCCCAGGCAGCUCUAUGGGAUGAUAGGUUACACUUUAAGUUCUUGCUGGAGGUUUUAAAGUCAGAUCUAAACAGAUUUUAAGGAACCAUACUCCUCUGGGACAGCAUGGCAUACAGUUGUUUAUGCUCUUGCGUUCCCCAGAUGUUUAUUAAAGAUACAGAUUUUAACUGGUUAUCCAAUUUGACCUUUAUCAUAUGUAUAUUUUAUUGAUUUCAGCUUGUGAUUUUUAGUUUAUGUUCUUACGAUGGUUUAAAUCUGUAGUCAGGCUUUUAAGUGUGAGUUUGUUCAAAUGCUAGAUUUUCAGAAUCAGUUUUAAUUUCCCCAGUUGUAAUUACUGGGUAUUUAAAUUGGAAGCAAAUACUUUUCUUUCUUUCUUUUUUUUUUUUUUGAGUUGGAGUCUCACUCUGUU